AUGAAGGGAGGGGGCGGGAAGGAGACGCUCACCGCCUCCUUCCUCCGCUUCCUCCUCCUGCUCCUCCUCCCCCUCACCGCCCUCUACUUCUUCUACACGCUGCACCUCCUCCUCACCUCCGCGUCGUCGGCCGCCUCCAACUGCGCGCCUGACGCCGCGUCGGUCUCCCGGGCGUCCGCCAACCUCACGGCGGCGGCGGAGAAGCAGCUGCCCCCUUCCGCCGCGGCUGUGUCCACGGCGACGACGCUGCAGCACGUGGUGUUCGGCAUCGCGGCGUCGUCGCGGUUCUGGGACAAGCGUAAGGAGUACAUCAAGGUGUGGUGGCGCCCGCGCGGCGCCAUGCGGGGCUACGUGUGGCUGGACCGCGAGGUGCGCGAGUCCAAUAUGUCCACGGCGCGCACGGGGCUCCCGGCCAUCAGGAUCUCGUCCGACACCUCGGCGUUCCCCUACACGCACCGCCGCGGCCACCGCUCCGCCAUCCGCAUCUCCCGCAUCGUCUCCGAGACGUUCCGCCUAGGCCUCCCCGGCGUGCGCUGGUUCGUCAUGGGCGACGACGACACCGUCUUCUUCCCGGACAACCUCCUCACCGUGCUCAACAAGUUCGACCACCGGCAGCCCUACUACAUCGGCUCCCUCUCCGAGAGCCACCUGCAGAACAUCUACUUCUCCUACGGCAUGGCGUACGGCGGCGGCGGCUUCGCCAUCAGCCGCCCCCUGGCCGAGGCGCUCGCGCGGAUGCAGGACGGCUGCCUCCGCCGGUAUCCGGCGCUGUACGGCAGCGAUGACCGGAUCCAGGCGUGCAUGGCGGAGCUGGGCGUGCCGCUGACCAAGCACCCGGGUUUCCACCAGUACGACGUGUACGGCGACCUCCUGGGCCUCCUGGCGUCCCACCCGGUGGCGCCGAUCGUGACGCUGCACCACCUCGACGUCGUAAAGCCGCUGUUCCCGGACGCGAGGUCGCGCCCCGCGGCGGUGCGGCGGCUGUUCGACGGGCCGGUGAAGCUGGACACGGCGGGGCUGAUGCAGCAGUCCAUCUGCUACGACGGCGCCAACCGUUGGACGGUGUCCGUGGCGUGGGGGUUCACGGUGCUGGUGGCUAGGGGCAUAAUGUCGCCGCGGGAGAUGGAGAUGCCGGCGCGCACCUUCCUCAACUGGUACCGCCGCGCUGACUACACGGCGUACGCGUUCAACACGAGGCCUCUUGCGCGCAGCCCGUGCCAGAAGCCCGCCGUGUACUACCUAUCGUCGGCGCGGCGCCAGGCCGGGCGCGGCGGGGAGACCACGGUGACGCGGUACGAGCGGUGGCGCCACCCGAACGAGACGCGGCCCGCGUGCCGGUGGGACAUAGCCGACCCGGACGCGCAUCUCGAUCACAUCGUCGUCCUGAAGAAGCCUGACCCUGGGCUCUGGGACAGGGUAAUCUUUCGUGCCACACCAUUCCUUUUUCUUCUCUUGCAUUGCAUCCAAAUAACUGCAACACAUGAUGCAUUGCCAUUUUGA